CUACAACACCCCCUGCUAAAGCCACACUCUGAGGGGACCCUGUGCGUCCUAUCCCACAGGAGGAGCCAGUCUUUCAACUUCCCUGAGUACCAUAUCUGUGUUCGGCAGCUGCUCCAGGCGCUGAAGACACCACCUGAGCCAAAGUGGCAAUGGAAAGACGCUCACCGGAGUCCUCCGGUACUCGCUAGCAGGCGGGCGAGCGGGGAUCCGCGCGGGGAGCCCAUGGAGCCGAAGAGUCCGCCCCCGGAGGGCGGCAGGGCCGAGGAGCUGCUGGGCGAGCUGGACGGGUUGGUGAAGGACGUGGUGAGGGCGAGCUCUUGGUGGGAGCGCCGCGGCUUGGACUGCGCCAUCCUGACGCUCAGCCUCCUUGCGGUGCCGGCCGGGUUCCUGUGCCUGCGUUCUGAGAAUGUCCUGGUCUUUGCCAUUGGCAUCACCAUCUUGGGUGUGUGCCACUACACACUCACCGUCAAAGGCAGUCACCUGGCCACUCACAACGCCCUCACCGAGUCCAAAUACUGGAACAAGAUCUUAGCGCUUUUCUUUGUAGAGGUAUGCACAGCCUUCCCUGCAGAGUACGCCAAGUAUGGCCACGUUAAGAUGCACCACGGCUACACCAACGUGCUGGGGCUGGGGGACUCGAGCACGUGGAAGCUGCCAUGCCUCAACCGCUACAUCUACAUGUUCCUUGCACCCUGCUUAGUCCCCAUUAUAACCCCUCUGGUGGCUCUUGAGCGGCUGAGGAAGGUAGAGCUGGGAUCAGCUCUGCAGACGCUGGGCCUCAUUUCCCUGGGCCUCUAUGCCCACUACUGGCUGCUCCUCAACGUGUCAGGCUUCAGGAGCCCCGGCUCAGCCCUGGCCUGCAUGCUGCUCACCCGAAGUCUGCUGGCCCACCCCUACAUCCAUGUCAACAUCUUCCAGCACAUUGGGCUCCCCAUGUUCUCCUUGGACAAGAAGCCCCGGCGGAUUCACAUGAUGAGUCUGGGCGUGCUUAACCUGCCCCGGCUGCCGGUGCUGGACUGGGCGUUCGGCCACUCCCUCAUCAGCUGCCACGUGGAGCACCACCUCUUCCCUGCACUCUCGGACAACAUGUGCCUGAAGGUGAAGCCCGUGGUGUCCAAGUUCUUCCGUGAGAAGCAGCUGCCCUACAACGAGGACUCCUACCUGGCUCGCUUCUGGCUGUUCCUCGAUCGCUAUGAGGAGUUCAUGGUGCAAGCCCCGCCGAUCACGGAGCUGGUGGGGAUGCAGUGAGGGCUGGACUCCGGUCCUGGCCUAGCCCUGUUCUGCUGGUGCUCCUGGCCUCAGGGGUGUGGUGCAGUGGCAGGUCACGGACCUGGAGCAAGGAGGCCCUGGGCAGGCAGCUCAUGCUGCUCUUCUGGGAUUUGAGGAAUGCCUGGUGGAAGAGAAUAAUGGCGGCUGAGCAAUGCUGUCUGUCAGGGUCUCUGCUGGCUCUGUCUCAGAACCCCUCCCUCUGCCCAUCUGAACCUGAGGAGGGUGGGGGUGGGAGGCGGAAGGUGAGGCAGUGUCUUGUUUGUGCUCCCUCCACGAAGGAAGCACAGACAAGAAUGUCAGCCUCGUGGGCUGCGGCCUUCCUGCUGCCAGCAACAGCCCCUCUGGCUCCGCCACUGUUAUUUCCUGCACUGUUUGAAGCCUUGCCUCCCCCCACCCUUGGCCCUCUUCCCAGGCACCACAGGAUCUGUCACUUUUGACAGAGCCCCUGAGUUCCUCAGCCAGAGAAGCUUGUGCUGGCACAGGCUCAGCAAUUCCCAGGGCCUGUGGUCUCAAGGAGAUAAAAGUAUGCUUUGUGGGGUGAAGUAUUCCAGGAGAAAGGGGAGAUGAGACGUCAGGGACAGAGCUGGGGAAAGAGCACACACAGCUUUAAGCUUGACCUGGGCUAGUUCUAGAAAAGUGUCUUGUGUGAUGUUUAGAAGUAGUAGACCAGGGAGAGAAAGUUAUUAUGGGGAGGCAUCUGGGGUGGGAGGGGAUUAUGGGAACUGCAUCCGUCCUCAGGGAAGAUCAACUUAGGACAGGAAGGAGGAGGGUGGGUGAGAACAAAAAGCUUGGCAGUGAAAGUCCAUAGCCUGGGCGUGAGGUGGGGAUGUAGGAGGGCGACUACUGCCAACCCCACAAAGAGGCCAAGGCGCAGGGGUACCACUGAGAGGGAACCCGAAGUAGGCAGAGCUGAGAGGCUGGAACCAAGAGGGUGCAAGGAAGCUCCUAGGUGAAGGUUAAGGGAGGGGCAGAGAGGCCAGGCCUAGGACAGGAGGCCAGAGAAGUUAGGGCAGGAUUUCUCACCCAUCACUGUUUUUUUUGGUAGUACUGGGGAUUGAACUCAGAGCCUUGUGCAUGCUAGGCAAGAACUCUACCACUGAGCUAUAUCCCCUGCCCAUUAUUUUUUUUUAAAGAAAAUUCAAAACAACAUAAGAGACUAAUGAUGGUUAAUACAGUUCACAUUAUGAUCUCUAAAUUAGUUACUCUGAGUACAAUAUAUAAGCAUUUAGUUGUCCAAGCAAUGAACUAAGUUUCUCUUAGUUUCUUUUCAAUGAACUAAGAGAAAUUAGUAGUAUUAUGUAUGUGUGUGUGUGCAUGUAUAUUUUGCUUUUUCCU